CAUGCUUUGCCCCGGGAAGCCGGGAGAACGAUGGGAGCUAGCUUUGGGGACGCGACGGAGGGAGCGAGCCUGCCGGCUCAGUCAGUCAGUACGGCGGCACGGGGAACGCGGGGUCCGGCUCGGACCAUUUUAACUGCGGCUCCGCUGGCGGCGCGCGCCCGCGACACAGCUCGGAGCCGCAGGAGCGCGCGGCCUGCUCGGGGAGGGGGCGGAGCCGCGGCAGCGGCGCGCUCGGGGCGGGGGCGUGGGCGCCCGGCUGCUCACCCGGGACGGGCCGCUAGGCGGGGACUGCUGGGAAGCGGGCCGGCGAGGGUGCGGGGCUCACGGGGAGCGGCGCGCGCCCCUCCCUCCCGUCGCCCAAGGUUUCGCGUAGCCCACGCCCCUUUUGUGGGGCGGGAGGAGACGCUUCCGAGCCAGCUGUGUGGCAUCCGUUUGCCCUGCCGCGCUGACGUCUCUAGGUACAAGUUCAAGAACUGCCAUUGGCCGGGAGCCGCUCGGCUCUUUCUUUCACCCCCACCUCCCGACUCGGAGACCCUGGCGACGAAGAAUAGAAUGAAAGCAUAUAUCGAAUUAUUUAUACACACCAGAAAGAUAAACAGUUUUUUCAACCCAGUUAGUCAUCCAACAUCCCAGGCUGCAAGCUUAUGGAUGACUUUAUCGUCUGCACCCUCCAAGUCCCAUCUAUCCAUUCAUCAGCAGUUACCAGAGUCUCCAGCUGUGGUAUUUUAUUUUACUAUUAGUUGACUAUCACCAGAAUUAAGGCCUACUUUGUUUACCCUUGAAUCACCAGCACCUAAAGUCGCUAAUCGGUUGCACUUUAAAAGGAAAUUAUUCUGGGUGGGCCUGAUGUAGUCAUGUGAAAUCUUUAAAGACAGUCUGGAAGUCAGAAUAAGAGAGAUUCAAAGCAGCAGCGGUUGCUUUACCUUUGGCCUUAAAGAAGCAAACUCUCACGUUGCAGAGAGGGCUGCACCUGGCUGAUGGCCAGUGAGAAGGCCAGCCCUCCAUUCUACAGAAUUCUGAAUUCUGCCAACAAGUGCAUAAGCAUGGAAGAAGAGCCCGAACAACAAGGGAGCACAGCCCCACUGAUGCCUUGAUUCCAGCCCCAUGGGAACCUGACCAGAGACUCCGGCUGAGCCCACGCCAGGAUUUCUGAC